UACAAGACAAGCUUUCAAGAGACCAACUACAACCCCCUCCCCGACGUCACCCGCCCCGGUCCCGGGCCCGGCUCCGGUCCGGUCCCGGACAUGCGCAGCGCACUGUCUCCGCCCCGCAGUCGGACUGCGUCGGCCUGGCCCGGGGACAGGGAGCGAGCGGCGCAGCGGGACCCUCCGUGCCCAGCUGGUCUCUCUCCGUUCCGCGGCAGGAUGUGGCUGAGCCCCGAGGAGGUGCUGCUGGCGAACGCGCUGUGGGUGACCGAGCGGGCCAACCCGUUCUUCGUUCUGCAGCGGCGUAAGGGCCACGGCCGCGGCGGCGGACUUGCCGGGCUUCUAGUGGGGACGCUGGAUGUGGUGUUGGACUCGAGCGCACGUGUUGCUCCGUAUCGGAUCCUGCAUCAGACCCAGGAGUCCCAGGUGUACUGGAACAUAGCGUGUGGCAGCUCCAGGAAGGAGAUCACGCAGCACUGGGAAUGGCUGGAGGCCAAUCUCCUGCAGACGCUAUCCAUCUUCGAGAACGAGGAGGAUGUGACGACAUUCGUCAAAGGCAAAGUCCAGGGAAUCCUUGCGGAGGAAAACAAAAACAAGGAGGCGAAAGAGGAGGAAGAUUCUGGAAAGUUCAAGGAAGCAGAGUUGAAAAUGCGGAAGCUGUUUGGAAUGCCGGAGGUGGAGAAGUUGGUGAAUUAUUACUCGUGCAGUUACUGGAAGGGCAGGGUCCCCUGGCAGGGCUGGCUUUACCUCAGUGUGAACCACCUCUGUUUCUACUCCUUCCUGCUGGGGAAAGAAGUGAAGCUGGUGAUCAGGUGGGUGGACGUCACGCAGCUGGAGAAGAACGCCACGCUGCUCUUCCCCGAGUGCAUUAAGGUCAGCACCAGAGACCAGGAGCACUACCUGUCCAUGUUCCUGAACGUCAGCGAGACCUUCAAGCUGAUGGAGCAGCUGGCCAACAUCGCCAUGCGCCAGCUGCUGGACAAUGAGGGCUUCUCCGAGGACAAGUGCCUACCCAAGCCCAAGAGUGCGCUCAAGCACGUCUCUGUGCUGAAGAGAGACCUGGAUGCGCGGGCCAAGAAUGAGCGUUACCGAUCCACGUUCCGCCUCCCGCGGGACGAGCGGUUGGACGGCCACACCGAAUGCACCCUCUGGACCCCCUUCAACAAGAUGCACAUCAUGGGACAGAUGUUCGUCUCCAAUAACUACAUCUGCUUUGCUAGUAAAGAGGAGGACGCCUGUAACCUGAUCAUUCCCCUGCGGGAGGUGACCGUUGUUGAGAAGGCCGACAGCUCCAAUGUCCUUCCCAGCCCUCUCUCCAUCAGCACGAGAAGCAAAAUGACCUUCCUCUUCGCCAACCUGAGGGACCGAGAUUUCCUUGUGCAGAGGAUCUCCGACUUCCUGCAGCGAACCCCAUCGGGGAAGCUAGCCCGCAGCCCCAGUAGCCCAGGGGCUCAGGUUUCUUCGGGGCCGGAGGAGGCUUCCUCCCCGUGUUCCCUGACGUGGAGUCCAGGGUCGGCACUGGGCAUCAAGCAGUUUCCUUUUGGUGACGGGGAUGGGGACACCCCCACCGCCAGCCAGCCGCUGAUGUCGAUCUUCCGUCAGGAGUCCCCAGAGGAGCUUAAUCCCAAGAUGGCCAAGGAGAAGAUGAAGGAGGAAUCCUGGAACAUACACUUCUUCGAAUUCGGCCGAGGGGUGUGCAUGUAUCGUACGAACAAGACACAGGACCUGGUGCUGAAGGGUCUGCCCGAGUCCCUGAGGGGAGAGCUCUGGCUUCUGUUCUCAGGGGCCCUGAACGAGAUGCUGACACAUCCUGGGUAUUAUGCCAGGCUGGUGGCUGAGUCCACGGGCAAGUACACUCUGGCUACUGACGAGAUUGAGAGAGACCUGCACCGCUCAAUGCCUGAACACCCGGCCUUUCAGAACGAGUUGGGCAUCGCAGCCCUCCGCAGGGUCCUGACUGCCUACGCCUUCCGUAACCCCAACAUCGGCUACUGUCAGGCCAUGAACAUCGUCACGUCUGUCCUCCUCCUGUACUGCAAUGAAGAGGAAGCGUUCUGGCUCUUGGUCGCACUGUGCGAGCGAAUGCUCCCGGAUUACUACAACACCAGGGUGGUCGGUGCUCUGGUGGAUCAGGGCGUGUUUGAGGACCUCACGCGGGAUCAUCUCCCCCUCCUGUACGAUUGGAUGCAGGAACUAGGCGUCAUCAGCACCAUCUCUCUCUCCUGGUUCCUCACCCUCUUCCUCAGCGUCAUGCCCUUCGAGAGCGCUGUCGUCGUGGUUGACUGCUUCUUCUACGAUGGCAUCAAGGUCAUUUUCCAGGUGUCCCUGGCGGUGCUGGAGGCCAACAUGGAGAGGCUGGUGAACUGCUUGGACGAGGGGGAGGCCAUGACCAUUCUUGGCAGCUACCUGGACAAUGUCUGCAACACGCAGUCUGCUUCCCCUCCUAUCCCACACCUGCACGCGAUACUCACCGGGGGCAAUGACCUGCCAUCACAGGUUGACAUCUUUGAAUUGAUUAAGGCAUCAUACGAGAAGUUCGGCUCGAUCCAAGCGGAGGCGAUUGAGCAGAUGCGUUUCAAGCAGAGAUUGAAGGUGAUUCAAACCCUGGAAGACUCGGCCAAGCGGAGUGUGGUGCGUGCCAUUCUGACUGACACCGCCUUCAGCAUCGAGGAACUGGAGGAACUCUAUCUGCUUUUCAAGGCCAAGCACAUGACGAGUUGUUACUGGGGCGGCAGCAGCACUGCGGCCGAGAGACACGACCUUAGCCAGCCGUACCUGGAGCAGUACCGCAUCGACUGUGAGCAGUUCACUGACCUCUUCCUGGCUGUCUCCCCCUGGGCCUGUGGCACACACUCCCAGGUGCUGGCCGCUCGCAUGUUUCGUCUCCUGGACCAAAACAGGGACGCGCUCAUCAGCUUCAAGGAGUUCGUCACUGGCCUGAGUGGAAUGUACCACGGUGACCUCGCGGAGAAGCUGAGAGUGUUGUACAGACUGCACCAGCCGCCAGCUAUUUGGCCGGAAGAGGAAUCGGCGCUGGAGGCCACACGGUACUUCACUGAGGAGGGACAGAGCAACAGACCGUAUGAUGAGAAGAGCGGCCCCCAGGAUUACCGAUACCACCUGAAUCUGUGGGCACAAGAGAGGGAGAAGCCCAAGGAAAACGGGAAAGUCUUAACCAAGAUGAACCAGGAGCAGUUCAUAGAGAUGUGCAAAACUCUCUACAACAUGUUCAGUGAGGACCCAGCCGAGAGCGAGCUCUACCAUGCCAUAGCAACUGUUGCUACGCUGCUGCUCCAGAUCGGAGAGGUCGGCAAACAAUUUAGCAAUUCCGUGCCCAGAAAAACUCCAGGAAACGGGGGCAACACACCGUGCGUGACCCAGGGCAAGGAGCGGAUCUGCACCCCAGAACGGGCAGGGCCCAGGAUCGACCUUGAGGCGGACAUCUUGAGUGACGCCCUGAGGGAGCAGGUGGAGCUUACGGAGGUCGGAGCCAAGGAGAAGGAGGCCGGUUCCGUGCCUCUGCCAUCUGAGGAGGAGGCAAGGGAUGACACGUCCAUGUCCUCCUACUCUGUGGUGAGCUCGGGCUCCCUGCCCUGCGAGGAACUCUCUGACGACACCGUGCUGGUUAGCUGCGAGCAGCCGGCUGGGCUACCAGGGCCACCACAGGGUGUGGCGGAGGCCGACUGGUCCAUUUCCUUCGAGCAGAUCCUGGCCUCGGUGCUCACGGAGCCAGGCCUGGUCCAGUUCUUCGAGAAGCGGGUGGACAUCGGGCCGAAGAUCGCAGCCUGCAAAAGCCAGAGGGCUGUGGAGCGGCAGGUUAGCUCGUCCAGCGAGCAGGAGCUGGGGCUGUCGGCUAGCUGAUUCAGUCCUCCUGUCCCAUCCAGGAGGAACUGCCUGUCAACCUCGCCAUCCUGAGACUUAGAUCUGCACAAGAGCCCCGUUUCCCGGGAUCAUUGUCAUCCUCGAUGUCCCCUCCUCGGGUCUUCAUCGGAGUCCAUGAGCCAGUUGGUUGUGGCUGUUCCCGCUGGGGUCAAAGACGUGAACAUAAUGAUCCUUGGCAAAGUACUGAUCUCACCUUGGGUGGUGAAUUCCCUCCACACCCGUCUGAACUUAAAAUGCACCUUUACUCCACAACAAAAUCACCGGCUUUUGGAACUUCAAGGCAAUAUUCUAUCUCUCCAAAUUGAAUGCAAUGAAAGAAAGCAAUUUUGUAUCUGUUUAUAUUAAUCCCUCUGUUAUAGCAGUGUUCUGGAAGAUUCCUUCUGACUAGUACAGCUUUUGAAUGUACCAACGUGCGUCAGCAGGGACUGUUAAUUUCAGAUGGGUGGUGAAUCAGUGAGCUACAAAGCAGGGACGUGACACAUGGCCAAAUUACUCCAGGUCAGUCUGGAAAGGGGAGAGCCAGCUCCAGAUUAACCAGAUGUCCACAAAACCAGGAUCUGAAACAGAUCCAGAAACCAGCAAAGGAAAGACCAUCUCAGUAUUGUGGGAUCGGUAUUAACUUGUCAGUGUUAAACAGGAUCAAGUUAGUGAGGUGUGGCUCACAGAGAGCAACACUGUGUCUUCAGGGACCAGUCGUGACCAGAACAUUCCUGCAGUUAUAACCCUUUAGAUUUAAUCAUGAUGAUUGUGGGUGAGCAAAUAAUUAACACGGGCUGUGUGUCUGUGGCCUUUGAGAGACCAGUGACCAGUAAAGACUCUGAAUUAACUGUGGGGAUUACACUUAUCCAACAUUGUAAUUAGGUUCAAGAUUUCAUGAGCAACUUCUCCACACCCACCCAUAUACACCCUCACACACACAUGCACACCUUGUAUCUUCCCCCUUAACCCUGCACACAUUCUCUCACGUCAUCUCUCUCCAAACUCUCACUUUCUCUCUCUGCCACCAUCUCUGUCCCUCUUCCCCAUUCUUUCUCUCCCCCCCCCUUUCACUACUCACCCAUGCCUGGUUUGCCCUGUCCAUCUCAUUCAUAGACUAUCCACACUUACUGCCUUGGUUCUGGUAAUAUGACAGAACCUGGGGGACUGCAUGGCCCACCUCGUAGAGAAAAUCAUUGAGAAAUUGAUUCCUUCUGAUUUGUAAAUAUAUUCAUAAAUUAUAAUCCUUGGCUAAUCAAAUUCAGAGGCUUUGUGCUGUUAUUUUACCGUAGUGUCUGAUUAGUUUGAGCCAUUUCAUUCCCAAGACCUUUUCCCCUCUCUCACCUGUUGCUGGACUGGAAUAUGGGGUCAGACAGUCCAGCGAUGCGGAGAUUCCUGGGUGUCAUCGUCUCUAUCCUGCACCCAACGUAUCGAGGCAUGACGGCAGCUAUUAUUUCAUUAGGAGUUUGAGAGGACGUGGUAAGUCUCUAAAGACUUGAAAAUUUCUACAGAUGUACCAUGGAGAUAAUUGUAACUGGUUCAUCUGCUAUGGAGCGGUCACUGCACAGGAUCGGAAAAAGCUGCAGAAAGUUGUAAACUCCACCAGCUCCAUCAUGGGCACCAGGCUCCCCAGCAUCGAGGACAUCCUCAAAUGGUGAUGCCUGAAGAAGCUGACAUCCAUCAUGAAGGCCCCCCCCCAAUCACCAGGAAAUGCCUUCUUCUCAUUGCUACCUUCAGGGAGGAGGUACACUCAACAUUUUAGGGACAGCUUCCCCUCCACCAUCAGAUUCCUGCUGGACAAUGAACCCAUCCAUGAACACUUCCUCACCAUUAACUUUUUGCUCUGCUUUUGUGUUACUUAAUUAAUGUUAAAUAUAUUUCUUAAUGUAAUUUAUAAUUUUAAAAAAAUUAUAUAUUGCAAUGUACUGCUGCCACAAAACAAGUUUCACGGGUUCCGAUUCAGGACUGACGAGACCCCCACACCAUGAACAACAAUUAGAUCAGCUUCCUUCUCCAGGUUUGGGUUCAGACAGCAGGGCUCCCGGUGAGACCUUCCCUACAUCGAUAAGGCCUAAUGUAGAUUGGGGGAUGGCUUUGUCGAGGCAGGAAUUCCUGGUGCGACCUAGCUCAAUUUCACUCUCCAUUCCCAUAAUGUCGUGUCUCUCCAUUGGCCUUCCUACUGCCAGGAUAGGGCCACCCUCAGGUUGCAGGAGUAACACCUCAUUUUCUGUCUAGGUAACCUCCAACCUGAUGGCAUGAACAUCGAUUUAUCCAACUUGUGGUAAUUUCUAAACCCACCCCCCCUCGCUUUUUCUAUUCCCCAUUCUGGCUCCCCUCUCAACCCUUGUCCUCACCUCCCUCUCCGUUUCUCUCAUGGUCCAAUCACCUCAACUUCAGAUUUCUUCUUCAGCCCUCCUAAUUUAGCGCAGUAAUUAUUCAACCUUUGAACUUUUGCACUGCUCAGGAGAGCCGGAACCUUGUCAAUGUGAGUUCAUCCUCACCACCGCUAGAGGGAGACAUUCUGCACUUCAAUGUGAGUUCAUGCUCACCACCGCUAGAGGGAGACAUUCUGCACUUCAAUGUGAGUUCAUCCUCACCACCGCUAGAGGGAGACAUUCUGCACUUCAAUGAGUUCAUGCUCACCACCG